CGGGUGCGGGGCUCCCGGGCGAGGCGGCCGGAGCGCGAAUCCUCGGAGCGAGCGGAAUGCCCGGGAUUCCAGCGGCGAGCCUUCCCGGCGGCCUCUACGUCAGAGGCGGAAGGCCCUUCCAGGAAGGGGCGGGGUCGGCCGAGGGCGUAAAACGCUCAAUGCUGGAGCGGGCUGUGGAGUUACGGGGCGCUGAAGACACUGGGCCCUUCCGCCCGCGGGCCUGCAGGGCCACUGCGCGCAGCUCCGCCGGCCCGGGACCUACCGCCGAGCUCAUCCAGUCCAGGGUGCGGCGACUCACUGGCCUCAUGGGGUCGAAGUCGCCGCCGGGGUCUCCGCUGUCUCGCGAGGAGGGUGAAGCACCGACGCCGGCUCCAGCUCCCGAGGGGAGGCGGAGAAGUCGCCGGGUCCGCCUUCGCGGCUCCUGCCGUCACCGACCCAGCUUCCAGGGCCGGCGGGAGCUUUCCUCGAGCACCUCAGCAGGGGCUGCCCCGGCGUCCCCCAAGAUAAUGGCAUCAGCUGCUAAAGAAUUUAAAAUGGACAACUUUUCACCUAAAGCUGGCACUAGCAAAUUGCAGCAGACAGUACCAGCUGAUGCGUCUCCUGAUUCUAAGUGUCCUAUAUGCUUGGAUAGAUUUGAUAAUGUGUCUUACUUAGAUCGCUGCUUACAUAAGUUCUGUUUUCGCUGUGUACAGGAGUGGUCAAAAAACAAAGCUGAAUGUCCACUAUGUAAACAGCCCUUUGAUUCUAUUUUCCAUUCUGUGAGGGCAGAAGACGACUUCAAGGAGUAUGUCCUAAGGCCUUCAUAUAAUGGUUCUUUGGCUACCUCUGAUUUUCGACGAUUUCGCUACCGUACAACCAUGACAAGGGACCGGAAUGCUUCUGUUUAUUCACCUAGUAGUACAAUGAAUAGAAGAACAACAACUCCGCCAGACAGUGGAGUACUGUUUGAAGGACUGGGCCUCUCAACAAGACCUAGAGAUGCUGAAAUUCCUCAACUUAUGAGACAGAUUGCAUCAAGGAGGCCACCUGCUUCAGAUGAAAGAUCUUUGCGGAAAAUUCAAGAACAAGAUAUUAUUAACUUUAGGCGAACCCUCUAUCGUGCUGGUGCUCGAGUUAGAAAUAUUGAAGAUGGUGGCCGCUACAGAGAUAUUUCAGCAGAAUUUUUCCGUAGAAAUCCAGCUUGCCUUCAUAGAUUAGUCCCCUGGUUAAAACGUGAACUCACUGUUCUUUUUGGAGCUCAUGGAUCUUUAGUGAAUAUUGUCCAGCACAUCAUCAUGAGUAAUGUCACUCGCUAUGACUUGGAGAGUCAGGCAUUUGUGUCUGAUUUGAGACCAUUUUUACUUAAUCGAACUGAGCAUUUUAUACACGAAUUUAUUAGUUUUGCUCGAUCUCCUUUUAAUAUGGCAGCUUUUGACCAGCACGCCAAUUAUGAUUGCCCUGCUCCUUCAUAUGAAGAAGGCAGCCAUUCUGAUUCUUCAGUCAUAACAAUAUCUCCAGAUGAAGCUGAGACCCAAGAACUGGAUAUUAAUGUAGCCACUGUUAGUCAGGCACCAUGGGAUGAUGAAACUCCAGGACCAUCUUAUUCAAGCUCAGAACCGGUACAUGUUGCCAUGUCUUCCCUUUUAAAUACUUCAGACAGCUCAGAUGAAGAACUUGUCACAGGAGGAGCCACAUCUCAGAUACAAGGAGUAAAAGCCAAUGAGGACCUAAAUAAUGACAGUGAUGGUUCUUCAGAUAACUGUGUCAUUGUUGGCUUUGUUAAACCACUGGCUGAACGGACCCCAGAACUUGUUGAACUGUCCUCUGAUUCUGAGGAUUUAGGCUCCUAUGAGAAAAUGGAGACGGUGAAGGCCCAAGAACAAGAGCAGUCUUACAGUUCUGGCGAUAGUGAUAUGAGUAGAUGUUCAUCUCCACACUCUGUCCAUGGAAAGAGUGAGCAAAUGAAUAAAAAUCGUUGUGAUUCUGGAACAAGAAUCAGAUCAAAGAAGGAGGAAAAACGAUCUACAUCGUUAUCUUCUCCCAGAGACCUGAGCUCAUCUAUGAGAGCAGACAGAGUGAAUUCCCUGUAUAACCGUAGACACAGGAGGAGGGGACGAUCAAGAAGUUCAGAUUCACGUUCUCAAAGUAGAAGUGGGCAUGAUCAGAAAAAUCAUAGGAAACAUGGUAAGAAAAGAAUGAAGAACAAACGAUCCAGAAGCAGGGAGAGUAGUAGACCUAGAGAGAGAAGAGACAAAAAGAGAUCAAGAACUAGAGAGAGCAGUUGGUCAAGACGAAGCCAAACACUUUCGCUAAGUAGUGAAAGCACAAGCAGAUCGAGAUCACAUAGCAGCGAUCACAGUAGAAGAAGAUCACGGAGCAGAAACAGAGAUCGUUAUUAUUUAAGAAAUAAUUAUGGAAGCAGAUUCAAGUGGGAGUAUACGUAUUAUAGUAGAAACAAGGACCGGGAUUGCUAUGAAUCAUACAGGAGGAGGACUUUGUCCAGAGCCCACUAUUCCAGACAAUCUUCAAGUCCAGAAUUUAGAGUUCAGUCUUUUUCUGAAAGAAAUGCUAGGAAAAAAAAUAAUCACAGUGAAAGAAAAUAUUACUAUUAUGAAAGACACAGAUCAAGGAGCCUGUCCAGUAACAGAUCAAAGACUGCAUCUACAGGACCUGACCGAAUGAGAAAUGAAAAGCCUGGAGGGAAAAGAAAAUAUAAAACACGGCAUUUGGAGGGUACUAAUGAAGUGGCUCAACCAUCUCGUGAGUUUGCUUCUAAAGUAAAGGAUAACCAUUACCAAAAGUCUUCAUCAAAAUUCGAUGGAAACUGUAAAAAUGAGAGUGAUAGCUUUUCAGAUAGCCGAUCAUCAGACAGAGAGACAAAACACAAGAGGAGGAAAAGGAAAACCAGGAGUCUAAGUGUAGAGAUUGUUUAUGAAGGAAAAACUACUGAUUUAGCUAAACAUCAUAAAAAGAAAAAGAAGAAGCACAAGAAGAAACAUAAGAAACACCAUGGAGAGAAUACUUCACGGUCUCCGGUUAUUAUUACCAUUGACAGUGAUACCGAUAAGGAGUCUGAAGUUAAAGAAGACACAGAAUAUGACAAUAAUGGUCUUCAAGAUACUCUACAUGAUGAGUUUUUGACUCCUUCCUUGGAACCAUUUGAAACUAAAGAUGUCGUUACAAUAGAAGAUGAAAUUGGAGCCCUGGACAAAGAGUGUGACAUUACCACACUUACAAACAACUUAAAUCAUGCCAGCAAAACUGUGGCUAUUAUUCCACCCCAUGCAACUUCAGUUGAACAAACUCUUGAUGUGAGAGAAGACAGCAACUUGGACUCUGAUUUGGGGAACCAAUCCAAUAAUGUAUCUCUUCAGUCUGAGCCAUCAAGGCAAUUGCCUUCUCCGCGGACAUCAUUAAUGUCAGUGUCUCUUGGUAAAGAUGGAUAGGUCUUAAAAGCAUCACAUUCGGUUCUGAUGGUAUAGGAAAAAAAGAAAAAACCCUGUCCUCUAUUAGAGACUAUUUAAAGAUGACUUUAGGUAAAAACUCCCCCUUAAAAUAUUUCGAGUGACUUCUUUUGUGUUAAUUUGUAAAAAUCAUUAUUUGUUCAAAACGUAUGUAUGUCCCACUCUGAGAUAUGCACUUUUAAGUGAAGAAGAUAUUGUUAACAGUUUAUUUAAAACUGGGAUCCUUUCUAAAUAAAGUAUAAAUUUUAGAAAUUA